AUGAACAGAUCCUCAUAUUCAUCACAAUCAGAUAAUCGAUAUCCACGAAGCCCAGUUGUAUUAUGCUCAUUUUAUUCAAGAAUUGGUGCCUGUCGACAUGGUGAAAAUUGUUCGAAAAAACACUUGAAACCAAUUUCUUCGAGGACUAUAUUACUUGCUAAUCUUUAUCAGAAUCCAAAAUUGAAUGAUGACGAGUACAGGCAUGGAAAUUACAAAGGUAAUGAAACCCUACAGUUGACAGAGAAAGAAGGUGUGACCAAGACCACCACUGAGGGUGCUUUGUCGCAGAUAGAUGACUCGCAACAUCCUGAUAGUAGCAAAGGAUUGAAUGAUGAGACAGUUGAAACACAAGAGGCAGACACUGAGAGUCAGGAAAAUAUUGGUGAAAAUGAUGAUGUUGAGAUAAAACAUAAUGAAGAUCAGAAAGGAUCGGAAAAUGCGAAAGAAUCGGACAAUAUAGAAUCUCCUAAAGAAGUCGAACGAGAUAACAAACCUCAGCAAGGAGACACUCUAGAGAAAGUAUCUGAAGAUAAUAUCAAGCAAGAAGAAAAUACACGAGAGAAAGAACUUGAGAAUGUGGAAAAAGACAAACUCCCUGAACAUCCAGCCGAAUUCAAAAUGCUGCAAACACAACACGAUUUUGAUCAAUUCUUCCAAGAUAUUUUUGUCCAUAUUUCCAAAUUUGGACAAAUCAGUGAUAUUGCUGUGUGUGAAAAUGAAAAUAAUCACCUUGCAGGAAAUGUUUAUGUCAUGUUUGAAAGUCCGGAGGAUGCAUAUAACGCCAACUUGCAAUUAAAUCAGGAAUGGUAUAAUGGAAGACCAGUUUAUAGUGAGUUGUCUCCGGUGAGUGAUUUCAAUGAGGCUUGUUGCGAAGCAUACAGUUACUACCACAACUGCGAACGUGGCGCAAUGUGCAAUUAUAUGCAUAUAAGACUACCAUCGAGGGAUCUUGAACAGUCCCUAUAUGAAUCACAAACAAAGAGCUAUAUAUUGAAGCAAUUGGAGAAACUAAAAAGAGAACUUCCGGCUGACACAAAGCCUUCUGCUAGUACCAAUGAUGAGGAGACUAAUGGGAAUGAGAAAGGAAUUUCUUCAACCAUGGCAUUGCUUGAACAGUUGUCGUGA